AUAUUUGAUGGAUUCAACCGGCUUGACCCUGUGAUCGGCAGGUCAGCGCUCCAUGUUGCGGGAGCUGCGUGGCACUGGGCACCGACACACACACUCACACACACUUUACUUGUGAGUGGCUCCGACACUUGGCACGUUUGUCCAGCCGAGGAGUCUGUCAGCUCCCCGGGGCGCUGCUGCCACUACCUGCUGCAGGAGGUGGAGGACCGGAGCGAGCUUGUUCACCCCCUCCUCCUCCUCCUCCUCCAACGGGUGUCGCUGUACUGUGACUCUUCGUCUCCUGCAUCCAGACUGCUGUUUGAUCGGUGCAGUUAUUUUCAGUGUCACUCGCUCUGAAGCUAUUUCGGACCCCGGUUGGAAACGUGCAGACUCGGGAGGAGGGGGUGCUGAAUCUGGAUUGAGGGAGCCGCACGGAGCGCUGCAGCAAGACUCGGUUACCGGAGCAGAGGCAGCAGCAGCAGCAGCAGCAGCAGCAGAGGAGGCACGGAUGUGAUGCCAAAUCAGAGCAGAAAAAACAAAGCUUCAAGUCUCGGAAAGAGAACUGUUGGGUGUCCCCUCUGGAGAGAGAUCUGGACCGUGGAUCAGCCUAACGAAAUGUAGCGCCUCGCUGCCCUCAAAGCCGGAUUUGGAGACCUGCCUGCCUGUCUACUCAUGAUUUCUCUGUAGUCUAGUCCAGGGCGUCUGCUGCAGUCAUGUUUAGGAACAGCUUGAAGAUGUUGCUGACGGGAGGGAAGGCCAACCGCAAGAGUCGCAGCAGUGAUGGCGGGAGCGAGGAUUUGGCAGACCCACGCCUGCCCAGUCUAGACCCUCACCUGAGCCACAUCGGCCAAGGUGGCAGCGUAGACAGCGACUGUGCCUUUGAAGGAGACUACGCCGUGCCCCCGCUCUCUAUGACCGAGGGCAUGCAGCACAUUCGCAUCAUGGAGGGCGUGUCGCGCUCGCUGCCCUCCUCCCCGCUGCUCACCCACCAGACCAUCAGUGUCAGGCUACAGCCCGUGAAGAAGCUCACAGCCCCUCUGCGGAAAGCAAAGUUUGUGGAGAGCCCUCGCAUUCCACAAUCAGAGCUUGGCUCCCCUACACACACCUCCACCACUGCCAAGAAUCCAGACCUGGACACAUACUGCCCUGGGGAGUCAAGCCAGGAGCUGGGCCCCCCUCCGUCGGUGGAUGAGGCAGCCAACACAUUGAUGACGCGCCUGGGUUUCCUUCUGGGAGACAAAGUGAGUGAGGGGCCGGCAGGUACCCAGUACAGCAUGGAGGAACCCGAGGCGAGACAGGGCCAGAACCAGAGGAUCAGCCCGUGCUCCACCCUGACCAGCAGCACUGCCUCACCCCCUGCAGGCAGCCCCUGCUCCACCCUCCCCCCUGCCAUGCCUGGCCAGGCCGGCAACAGGGACUGUGCCUACGGCUCCGUCACCAGUCCAACCUCAACCCUGGAGAGCAGGGACAGCGGGAUUAUCGCCACUCUGACCAGCUAUUCCGAGAACAUGGAGCGAGGCGGCAAGUACGGCGAGGGCUCCCGGGGAAACCUGAAACUGUGGCAGUCCCAGAAAUCAGGCAUGGACUCGUUCCUGUACAGGGUGGAUGAAAACAUGACCGCCUCCACCUACAGCCUCAACAAAAUCCCUGAGCGCAACCUGGAGAGCAUGUCCUCCCACUCUGCCCACUCCAUCCCUCUGUACCUCAUGCCCCGCCCUAACUCUGUGGCUGCUACCAGUUCAGCCCACCUGGAGGACCUGGCGUACCUGGAUGAGCAGAGACACACUCCAUUACGCACCUCGCUGCGCAUGCCCAGACAGAGCACCACCUGCGGGCCGGGUCGCUCCGGGCAGGACCUGAGAGCUUCCGCUAAUAACACCCAUGCCUGGCAAUCCCAGUCACUGCGUUUUGCACCGUACCGUCCUCAAGACAUCGCCCUCAAACCUCUCCUGUUCGAGGUGCCCAGCAUCACCAUGGACUCGGUCUUCACGGGCCGCGAGUGGCUCUUCCAGGAGAUCGACGCCCACCUCAACAGCCCCAACGCCAGCACCAACCGCGGCGUGGCGGUGGUGGGCAACAUCGGCUUCGGCAAGACGGCGAUCAUCUCCCGCCUGGUGGCGCUCAGCUGCCACGGCACGCGCAUGAGACAGAUCGCCUCGGACAGUCCACAGGCCUCGCCCAAACAUGGAGAGGGGCUACCUCUCACCCAGCCCCAGCCCACUCACGGCACCCUGGGAGGAGGCAGCUGUCCCGGGACCCCUGAGAUGAGGCGACGUCAGGAAGAAGCCAUGAGGAGGCUGGCCUCUCAGGUGGUGGCGUACCACUACUGCCAGGCAGAUAACGCCUACACCUGCCUGGUGCCGGAGUUUGUGCACAACGUGGCGGCUCUGCUGUGCCGCUCGCCGCACCUCGUUGCCUACAGGGAGCAGCUGCUGAGGGAGCCACACCUACAGAGCAUCCUGAGCCUGCGCUCCUGCGUGCAGGACCCCCUGGCCUCCUUCAGGAGGGGGGUGCUCGAGCCCCUGGAUGCACUUUACAAAGAGAGGAAGAUCAGCUCCGAGGAGGACCUCAUCAUCCUCAUCGACGGUCUGAACGAGGCGGAGUUCCACAAGCCGGACUACGGAGACACCAUCGUGUCCUUCCUCACCAAAACCAUCAACAAGUUCCCUCCGUGGCUCAAGCUGGUGGUCACAGUCAGAACUACGUUACAGGAGAUCACCAGCGCGCUGCCGUUCCACCGCAUCUCCCUGGACGGCCUGGAGGAGAACGACGCCAUCGACCAGGACCUGCAGGGCUACAUCCUGCACCGCAUCCACAGUAGCCCCGAGAUCCAGAACAACAUCUCGCUCAACGGCAAGAUGGACAACACCACGUUCGGCAAGCUCAGCGCCCACCUCAAGGCCCUGAGCCAGGGCUCCUAUCUGUACCUCAAGCUCACCUUUGACCUCAUCGAGAAGGGCUACCUUGUCCUCAAAAGCUCCAGCUAUAAGGUGGUUCCAGUCAACCUGGCAGAGGUUUACCUGCUGCAGUGCAACAUGCGCUUCCCCACGCAGUCGUCGUUCGAGCGGGCGCUUCCUCUGCUCAACGUGGCCGUGGCUUCGCUUCAUCCGCUGACCGACGAGCAGAUAUAUCAGGCCAUCAACGCUGGAUCUCUGCAGGGCACGUUGGACUGGGAGGAUUUCCAGCAGCGCGUAGACAACCUGUCGGUCUUCCUGGUGAAGAGGAGGGACGGCACCAGGAUGUUUGUUCACCCGUCCUUCAGGGAGUGGCUGAUCUGGAGAGAAGAAGGAGAAAAGACAAAGUUCCUCUGCGAUCCGAGGAGCGGUCACACACUUCUGGCCUUCUGGUUCUCUCGGCAGGAGAACAAGCUGAACAGGCAGCAGACUAUUGAGCUGGGCCACCACAUCCUCAAAGCACAUAUCUUCAAGGGUCUCAGCAAGAAAGUCGGGGUUUCCUCAUCUAUCUUGCAAGGCCUGUGGGUGUCCUACAGCACCGAAGGCCUUUCAGCUGCACUUUCUUCACUCCGAAACCUCUACACGCCCAACAUCAAGGUGAGCCGGCUGCUCAUGCUCGGCGGCGCCAACGUCAACUACCGCACGGAGGUGCUGAACAACGCCCCCGUCCUGUGCGUCCACUCCCACUUGGGCUACAUGGACAUGGUGGCUCUGCUGCUGGAGUUCGGCGCCUCCGUCGACGCACCGUCCGAGAGCGGCCUCACGCCGCUGGGCUACGCCGCCGCCGGGGGACACAUGGCCAUCGUGACCGCGCUCUGCCGCAGGAGAGCGAAGGUGGACCACCUGGAUAAGAACAGCCAGUGCGCUCUGGUGCACGCGGCCCUCAGGGGUCACAUGGAGGUGGUGAAGUUCCUGAUCCAGUGUGAUUGGAGCAUGGGGCCUCAGCAGCAGCAGCAGUCACCGCAAACCCAGCAACAGACGGCCUUCACCAAGAGCCACGCCGUGCAGCAGGCCCUCAUCGCUGCAGCCAGCAUGGGAUACACGGAGAUUGUGUCCUACCUGCUGGACCUGCCGGAGAAAGACGAAGAGGAGGUGGAGCGGGCGCAGAUCAAUAACUUUGACACGCUGUGGGGGGAGACAGCUCUGACUGCCGCCUCCGGUCGGGGGAAACUCGAGGUUUGUCGUCUGUUACUGGAACAGGGCGCCGCGGUGGCGCAGCCCAACAGGAGAGGCAUCGUCCCGCUGUUCAGCGCCGUCCGACAGGGACACUGGCAGAUCGUCGACCUCCUCCUCACACAUGGCGCAGAUGUCAACCUGGCUGACAAGCAAGGUCGUACUCCUCUGAUGAUGGCCGCCUCAGAGGGACACCUCGGGACUGUCGAGUUUUUACUGGCUCAAGGAGCCUCUCUGUCUCUGAUGGACAAGGAGGGUCUGACCGCUCUGAGCUGGGCCUGUCUGAAAGGACAUUUACCCGUCGUCCGCUGCCUGGUGGAGAGCGGAGCCGCCACCGACCACGCAGACAAGAACGGACGCACGCCCCUCGACCUGGCCGCCUUCUACGGAGACUCUGAGGUGGUCCAGUUCUUGGUCGAUCACGGGGCCAUGAUAGAGCACGUAGACUACAGCGGGAUGCGUCCUCUGGACCGGGCGGUGGGCUGCAGAAACACGUCGGUGGUGGUCGCCCUGCUCAAGAAAGGAGCCAAGAUAGGAUGUCAGACGCUGCCCAGUCGGCCCCGAGGUCCAGCCACAUGGGCCAUGGCCACCUCCAAACCCGACAUCAUGAUCAUCUUACUCAGCAAACUCAUCGAGGAGGGGGACAGCUUCUACAAGAAGGGGAAGGUGAAGGAGGCGGCGCAGCGUUAUCAGUACGCCCUCAAAAAGUUUCCACGCGAAGGCUUCAGCGAGGACCUCAAGACGUUCAGGGAACUCAAAGUAUCGCUCUUCCUCAACCUGUCCCGAUGUCGGAGGAAAAUGAACGACUUUGGGAUGGCUGAGGAAUUUGCUACGAAGGCACUCGAGCUGAAACCAAAAUCGUACGAGGCGUACUACGCCAGGGCUCGCGCCAAGCGUAGCAGCAGACAAUUUCCUGAAGCCUUAGAGGACCUGAACGAAGCCAUAAAGCAGUGCCCCAACAACCGAGAGAUCCAGCGGCUGCUCCAGAGGGUGGAGGAGGAGUUUCACCAACUCAGCCAGGAGGAGCAUCAGCAGCAGGACCUGGAGCUGGAGCCUCCUCCCUCCCCUCCUCCUACGCCUCCCCCAGAAGAGGAGGAGUCCCUGUCCUUGUCCCUGUCCAUGCCACUUCCACCUCCCCCAGAGCCGCGUCUGGAGGACAUGGAGCCCGUCCAGGACCUGUUUGAGGACGAGGACUAUCUGGAGCAGGAGCUGGAGGCCAUGUCUGUGGGUCUGCCUCCACCUGAGUCUCUCUCGAAUCCCUCCACCCUUCCCAUCAUACAGAGCCCACAGCUCUCCCCCACACAUCCAGAUCAGAUCUACUUAGCUGGAGGUUCGCCCAUGGGCCAGCCCUACGAGUACCACCCCACCUCCUCCUCCAUGUCCUCUCCGACUCGCGGGUCGUACCAGCCCACGUCGCCCUCCCUCUCCCCGACGCAUCAGAACUCGCACUACCGACACAGCCCGCCUCACACCUCCCCCGUGCACCAGCAGUCCUACAGCUUCAGCCCGCCUUCUAUGGGCACUGGUGGUCAGGGUAUGGAUCAUCAGAGCCCGCCGCCUUCACCUUUACGUCGGGCUGCUCAGUACAGAGCAAGUCCACCAGUAGAAAGUGUUUGUCUAUACAGGUCCCAGUCCGGUUCUCCUGUGCGCUACCAGACAGAGCAGCUCCCCGGCCGACCCAAAUCCCCGCUCUCCAAGAUGAGCAGCCAGCGUUCGUUCCAGCUGAGCUCGCAGCCCUCUCUGUCCUCCCAGCACCACCAAGCCCAAGGCCUUCGUCUGCAGCCUUCUAUAGCCCAAAUCGUCCGCACAAACCAGCCCAGCAACGUGAUGGGCAACAGCAUUUAUGCCGGCCAGUUGGGCCACUCCAUGGGCGGUCGCUACCAAGGGGGUUCAGUGGACGUGGAAAGCCGGCUGGUGUACCAGCCUUCCCUGGACGGACGGUCCAUGCCCCAGGUUCAGGCCAGCCUCAGUUCUGGGGCCCUCUGUCAGCACGGUGGCCGAGGAGGGGUUAUGGAGUCGGGCCUGUUGAAGGAUGAUCUACCCCAGCGCCCCUCCUCUGCCUACCGCGCCAGCAGCGGGGGCCCGGGGGGCAUCCGUUACAGCCAGACACCUCAGAUAAGCCGCAGCCAGUCAGCCGCCUACUACCCAGUCUCCGAACACGUACUGGAGCGAGCCAAUGCCAUGCCCCCCUGCCAGCUGGGCUCUCCGGAGAUCCCCCAUAUGGUGAGACGCCCCGUCAGUGCCAACACUACUGAGAUGAAGCAGCACGUGCCCACCCCGAGGCCUCUCAUCCACUCCCAGAGCGUAGGCCUUCGAUUCUCCCCCUCGAGCAACAACAUCUCAACUGGAUCCACCUCGAAUUUAGCGCCGGGCUUCAGGCCUUCCUCUUCCAUCCAGCAGAUGGAGAUCCCCCUGCAGACCACGUACGAGCGCAGCUGUGACGACAUCUCCCCCAUCUCUCCGUCCCAGGGCGGCGGGGGGCUGUAUCAGGGCGAGACCACCCGCUCUCGGAACACACCCUUCAUGGGCAUCAUAGACAAGACGGCGCGGACUCAGCAGUACCUGCAUCAGCCCUCGCGGUCCAGGGCCAUGACGUCCAUGGACUCCGCCAUCAGCCCCACCUCGCCUGGCCAGCUAGUCCAGCAAGGCUCCACCUAUAGCCCCCCCGCCUCCCUGGGAAACAUCGCCUACUACAACAAGACAAACAACGCCCAGAACGGACACCUGCUGGAGGAGGACUACUACUCCCAGACGCAGCCGCCCUCGCUGGGCAAGCUGGCCAACGGCUCUCGCGGCAGUGGCGACAUCCUGGAGCGGGUCAGCCAGGUGCCCACCUACCCCGACGUGAAAGUGGCGAGGACUCUGCCCGUGGCACAGGCCUACCAGGACAACAUGUACCGGCAACUGUCGCGUGACUCCCGGACCCAAGGCCCCACCUCCCCCAUCAAACCAAAGAGACCAUUUGUGGAGUCGAACGUGUGAUGGCCCGCCUGCGAUCGGUCGGUCAGUCGGUCGGUCGGUCUGCUGGACUGGGCUCGUUUGCGGGAGCGAGAGGAGAAAAAUAUUUAGCUCAACAGCUGCUGACCGUCGUCGUGAAUGGACGAACGAACUCACGUUAAAGAAGAGACACACACACACACACACACACUUAGGGUAUUAGACAUUAUCUUAUAUGAAAAACAUAACUAAACAGUGAGAAGCGAUUAUUUCAUUAUCAUAUUCUGCACACAGGUAGAAUAACAGGAGGAGUUCUGAUCUCAUGCCGAGUCAAAGACCGGUCCACUUCCAAACACGCUGUGGCACAAAGCAAACACGACGAAGCGCGUAAGACUGUGAGAGUGAAAGUAUUAUCAUCGGACUCUACUCGUGGACUCUGUAUCCAUCUUCUGUUCUUUCAAAGUGUGCUCUUAACCAAGGUUGCUAGUAGGCUCUAUUCUAUGUAACACAAUAUUAUAUGUUCAAUACUGUACAUUGCUCAGAAAAUACAAAUGGCUCAAACGACUCAGUGCUUAGAGAAAAAUGACAAUAUUUAUAAUUAAGUUAUAUAUUGUACAUAGAAAUAAAACGAGACAUAGUUUGCGUUUGGAUUGUGUUCUGUUAACCCGGCCUUCGUGUCCCACUGCUAGUCGUAUGGAUGUGGAGAACUGAUCCGGGGUAAAGGAGCGAGGAGGGACAUCGACCGACUUUGACCGAUAGGAUUGUGCGAGAAAACGCUGCAACGAGAUCCGCAACUUCUUCUCUGUGUCGAUGUUUCUGUAAGAGUUGUGUCGAUUGGGACUUCUUCACAGGAAGAAGCUGAAAUCAGAGAUUUUUGGGGGCAUUUUUGCUUUUGCAAAGAUCAAUCGAUUAUCGGUCAGUCGAUUAAAGGACAAAAGUCUGAGAGCCAAUCUUCAAUCUGAGUAUUGCACACACCUAUUUUUUGUUGUUUAAAUCCGUUUUGAAGCCGGUCCAUGUGCAUAAAUCAUGAUUUUCUGUAUUUGUACGCCCUUCAGUGUGAAGGCUUCCCGUCUUACAAGCUCAUACGAUGACGAAACCAUCCCUAACGAUGGUGGUCGAGUAUCAAAGUCCGCCUUUGUCCCUCCUCCUCCUCCUGUAUGUUCCUGAAGAGAGAGCUGGUGAUGGGUCAACAUGGAUAGUGCUCAGCGAUUUAAAGCAAGCAAAUGCAUACACGACCACUGUUACAGACGUUUCCCUUCUCUCCUGCAUUAGUUUGUGUCGUUUUCUUUUAACCCACGAUGCAUUUUUAUUCCACUUCUGCACUAAAAAUGCCUGUUAAGUUCUUAACUAAGGGUGCACUUUAUGUAUUUUACUUACUUUUGUUGUUACGAUUGUUGAAAUUUUUUGGAAAAAAAGGUUUUUGGGGGGUGCGUGAUCAGUCAGACCUCUGACCAGUUGAUACCAGACUAUCAUUUACAUAUUAUAUGAUUUACAAAGCAGUGACGAGUGACGAUAUGAAGAGCGAAAACAAUGUUUUUAAACUGGUGAAGAUGUAUAGACUUUCUAGCACAAGUUGUAUAUAUAUAUACCGACUCAGAUAUUCCACUCGGUCCAGCUCGGGUUCAGGUUCAGCGAGUUAUAUUUAAGUAUUCCACCUCAUAUAAUAAUAAUAAUAAUAAAUAAAAAAAGCAUCAUUACAGUCCUCUAGCUCUAAAUUAACCAGUCUAAUCCGCUGGUCUUGCACACAUCUUGAAGUAAAGUCGAAUCUACUGCAAAAAAAAUAACAAAAAAAAUAUAUAGAAGCUCCAUAUUUGGAGUUUGGGUGAUAGAGAAAGUGGAAUAAUGAGAAUAUUCAAGUUAUUUGUAUAUGUGGGGAAAGUUAUGGACCAUUUGUCUGUAACGUUUUAUUUUGGUUUCUCUGAUAUAGAAUAUCUAAAGAGAGAGAGAGUUCCUCCUGUUCAUGCUCCCAGAGAGACGCCCAACCUAUCUUUACAGAAAUGAAGGUAUAAACUGUAUCAUACUUAAUUUAAACGAGACUUCUAAAUCGAGGAUAUUUGAGGGGUGUAUGGUUUCAAGCUGUCUGUGUAUAUUAGUUUGCUGUAAAUAGUCCGAUGCAUGUUCUAUUCUUUCCAUGAGCUCAAAGCAGAAACAUGUAUAGCAGUGUUCUGACUCUGGUGUGUGUGUGUGUGCGUGUGCGUGUGCGUGCGACGUUUUCGGAUGAUCACGAUAAGGAGAAACCGCUGAACUAUCCUUAUCAUUUUCACUUCCGACACUCACCGAGA